AUGGGGAAGCUUGAAGAUGGAGAGGCCUCGGAGACUGUGCCAUUGACACGGCCGCGAUCCGGCUCUGCGGCAUCUCAUACAUCCUCGGAUUCGGGGCUUUCGAUCGCCUCCGCGGCCUUUCUCGAUGCUCACAAGGGCGAGAUCACGGCUGCGACCGACGAUGGACAGGGACAACGCUAUCGAGAUAUUGAGGAUGGAACGGAAGCUGACAGUGACGAGCCUUUUCUUCCAUCGAAGAUGAAGAGUACCGUACCGGGGCGUCGUCGCUGGUUGUUGUUGGGUGUUCUCAUCUGCGUGGUGAUGGCCAGCGGCUGGGUCGUUGCGUUCGUGGCUUUCCUCGUACAAGGACGGAACCCUGCAGCGGCGGUCGCCUCACCUUCUCAGAUCGAAGUGCACGAGCCGGAUUCCGCGACGGGUGGUACCAACUAUGGGAAGCCAGUGACAUUGAAGCAGGUCCUCAUGGGACAGUGGCUGCCGCAAUCGCAUGCGAUUGCAUGGACGGCUGGUCCCCACGGCGAAGAUGGACUGCUGAUCGAGCAAGGCGAGACUAAAGAUGGUUACCUACGAAUCGAAGAUAUUCGUGACCGGAAGGCUGGUGCGGAUGGCUCGAACGCCAAGGUGCUGAUGAAAGACUCGCAGUUCCGUGUCGGCAAUCGGGUGGUGACCGCGUCUCGGAUCUGGGUAAGCCCGAAUCAUGCAAAGGUUCUCGUCAUGUCCGAUUAUGAGUCCAAUUGGCGACACUCAUACUAUGGCAAUUAUUGGAUCUUUGACGUUGCGACCCAGACUGCCGAAGCGUUGGAUCCAGACAAUCUCACCGGUCGCAUCCAGUUGGCUUGGUGGUCACCUGAAUCGGAUGCGGUGGUGUUUGUGUGGGAAAAUAAUGUCUACCUGCGCAAGCUAUCAUCAACCAAGGCGAUCCCGAUCACUACAGACGGUGGCAAAGAUGUCUUCAACGGUGUCCCGGAUUGGGUAUAUGAGGAAGAGGUCUUGUCAGGCAAUGGCGCUACCUGGUGGUCUUUGGACGGGAAGUUCAUCGCCAUGUUGCGUACGAACGAGACCGACGUUCCCGAAUAUCCCGUCCAGUACUUCCUACAUCGUCCCUCCGGCACAAAGCCUCCAGCUGGCCUGGAGAAUUACCCAGAGGUCCGACAGAUCAAGUACCCCAAGGCCGGUGCCCCCAACCCGAUCGUCAACCUUCGAUUCUACGAUGUGGUGAAGAGCGAGCUGUUCACCAUCGAGAUGCCAGAAGAUUUUGAAGAUAACGACCGCAUCAUCAUCGAGGUCGUCUGGGCACCUGGUGGGAAAGUUCUGAUCCGGGAGACCAAUCGUGAAAGCGACGUGGUGAAGAUCUUCUUGGUGGAUGCUCAAUCUCGGACUGCGAAACUGGUUCGGUCGACUGAUAUUGCGGCUCUCGAUGGUGGUUGGGUCGAGCCUUCACAAUCGACGUGGGUCAUUCCAGCCGAUCCUGAGAAUGGUCGACCGGAGCCUGGAUACAUCGACACUGUAUUCAAAGCCUGUGAUGCUCACCUCCGGCGCGUGGGAGGUGGUGAAAGCCCCUCCUCCUCGGUCGAUCUCAAGAAAGGACUGGUCUAUUUUGUCGCCGCAAAGGAAGGCCCGACGCAACGCCACGUAUAUCAAGUCAAACUCGACGGGUCAGACCUGCGUGCUCUCACUGAUACCUCUAAGCCCGGAUACUACGACGUCUCAUUCUCCGACGGUGCUGGAUACGCCCUUUUGAGCUACAAGGGCCCUGCCGUACCUUGGCAGGCUGUCGUCAGCACCGAAAGCGACAAGAUGAACAAAGAGAUCAUCAUCGAAGAAAACAAAGCGCUUGCUGAGAUGGUCGAGGAUUAUGCCCUCCCCGCAGAGGUGUACAGCACCGUCACGAUUGACGGGUUUGAACUGCAAGUGGUGGAACGCCGGCCUCCGCAUUUCAACCCGAAGAAGAAAUAUCCCGUCUUAUUCCACCUGUACGGCGGACCGGGCUCGCAAACGGUUGAUCGCAAGUUCACCGUCGAUUUCCAGGCCUACGUCGCCUCCAGCCUGGGAUACAUUGUGGUCACGGUAGAUGGUCGAGGAACUGGCUUUAUCGGCCGCAAGGCCAGGUGCAUCGUUCGCGACAAUCUCGGCCACUACGAAGCUCGCGACCAGAUCGAGACAGCGAAGAUUUGGUCAAAGAAACCUUACGUGGACGAGACGCGUCUGGCUAUCUGGGGAUGGAGUUUCGGGGGCUUCAUGACCUUGAAGGUCCUCGAACAAGAUGCUGGGGAGACCUUCCAGUACGGCAUGGCCGUGGCUCCCGUGACCGACUGGCGAUUCUACGAUUCCAUCUAUACCGAGCGUUACAUGCACACACCCGAGAACAACCCCCUUGGCUACAACAAUGCCACAAUCAGCGACGUUGCCGCACUAGGCAUGAAUACUCGAUUCUUGAUCAUGCACGGCGUGGCAGACGACAAUGUCCAUUACCAAAACACGCUCACCUUGCUCGAUAAAAUGAAUCUGCAGAAUAUCGACAACUGGGACAUGGCCAUGUUCCCGGAUUCCGACCACAGCAUUUACUUCCAUAAUGCGCAUACGGUCGUAUACGAACGUCUCUCGAGCUGGCUCAUCAACGCGUUCAAUGGUGAAUGGCACCGCAUUGCUAAUCCGAAACCAGUUGAACCAUCCUGGAAGCUAGCCAAGCGUGUGGUUACUCGGGCUCUUUCGUUCACUUCUUGA